CAAAUCGGCACCCUCUCCUCCUUUGUAGUUUUUUUUCUUUCCGGGUCAGUCAGAUCAACAAGCGGGGACAAUGAAAUGGCAGAAAUGCCGGUGAGCGAGCGAACCUUCGAUCCGGGCCACUCCACCGGAAGGUUCACCAUCAGCACCCUGAUCAGCACCGAGGACAGCGGCCGAAAUCCAUACGGCCCCGGCGAGAACAUUGUGUACGACACCACCCAAGCCAACCACCUCACCCACAACAGUGCCACACUCUUUCUCCGGACCUUUGGCUACAACACGGUCGAUGUUGUGCCCGCGUACGAGAACUAUGCCCACACGAAGGUCAGCGGGGAAGACAAGAAGCCCAGGCCCACUCUGGCUGAUCUGCACUCAUUCCUCAAGCAGGAAACGUGCCAUCAGCACUCGCCGAGAUAUGAGCCCCACAGAAACAACAGCUUCUCUGAAGAAGGAACUGAAGAGACAGCGGCUGAGGGGGAUGCGAAACCCCAAGAAGAGCCCGUUCGUUUUGGAUGGGUGAAGGGGGUGAUGAUCCGUUGUAUGCUCAAUAUCUGGGGCGUGAUUCUCUACCUGCGGCUGCCAUGGAUCACGGCGCAAGCAGGAAUAGCACUGACUUGGGUGAUCAUUCUGAUGUCUGUGACAGUGACCACCAUCACAGGUUUAUCCAUCUCAGCCAUCUCCACCAACGGCAAAGUUAAAUCAGGUGGGACUUAUUUCCUCAUUUCAAGAAGCCUCGGGCCCGAGCUGGGUGGAUCCAUCGGCCUCAUCUUUGCUUUCGCCAAUGCCGUAGCGGUGGCCAUGCAUACGGUAGGCUUCGCAGAAACGGUGCGGGACCUGAUCUUGGAAUACAACUCGGUGAUUGUUGACCCCACAAAUGACAUUCGCAUCAUCGGGGUCAUCACAGUGACAGUGCUGCUUGGCAUUUCCUUGGCGGGAAUGGAGUGGGAGGCCAAGGCCCAGGUUCUCUUCUUUGUAGUCAUCAUGAUCUCUUUCGUAAACUACAUAGUGGGGACAAUCAUACCAGCUAGUGAGGAGAAGCAAGCAAAAGGAUUCUUUAGUUACAGAGCGGAUAUUUUUGCUCAGAACUUUGUGCCAAAGUGGCGUGGGCCGGACGGGAGCUUCUUUGGCUUGUUUUCCAUUUUUUUUCCAUCAGCCACCGGGAUCUUGGCAGGAGCUAAUAUAUCCGGGGACCUGAAGGACCCUGCGGUAGCAAUUCCGAAAGGGACCCUGAUGGCUAUUUUUUGGACAACCAUAUCAUAUCUGGUCCUUUCCGCUACCAUUGGUUCCUGUGUGAUCCGGGAUGCAUCUGGCAAUGUGAACGAUACCAUCCCCGUAGGCUCCGUGGGCUGCGAGGGAACUGCAUGUCAUUACGGCUGGAACUUCACCGAGUGCACGCAGAGUCACAGCUGUCGCUACGGGCUCAUCAAUUAUUAUCAGACCAUGAGCAUGGUGUCUGGUUUUGCGCCACUCAUCACAGCUGGGAUCUUUGGCGCCACCCUCUCCUCGGCUUUGGCUUGCCUCGUUUCUGCACCGAAAGUCUUCCAGUGCCUUUGUAAAGAUCAGCUCUACCCUGUCAUUGGUUUUUUUGGGAAAGGGUACGGAAAGAACAAUGAACCCAUCAGGGGUUAUGUCCUGACGUAUUUCAUUGCAGUCGGCUUCAUUCUUAUUGCUGAGCUGAAUGCCAUUGCUCCUAUCAUCUCCAACUUCUUCCUGUGUUCCUAUGCUCUGAUCAAUUUUAGCUGCUUCCACGCCUCCAUCACCAACUCACCAGGUUGGAGGCCUUCGUUCAAGUAUUAUAGCAAAUGGGCCGCUCUCUUUGGGGCUGUGGUGUCUGUCAUCAUCAUGUUUCUGCUCACCUGGUGGGCCGCCCUCAUCGCCAUUGGGAUCGUGGUUUUCUUGCUGGCCUACGUCCUCUACAAAAAGCCUGUGGUGAACUGGGGCUCUUCAGUACAAGCCGGCUCCUACAACAUGGCCCUCAACUAUUCUGUCGGCCUCAACGAGGUGGACGACCACAUUAAAAAUUACAGGCCCCAAUGCCUGGUCCUGACUGGGCCUCCCAACUUCCGCCCCGCACUGGUGGACUUUGUGGGCACCUUCACAAAAAACCUGAGCCUGAUGCUCUGCGGGAAUGUGUUGAUUGGGCCGUGCAAACAGGUGAGGCCUGAGCUACGUGGGGAUGCCAACAGCCACAUCAAGUGGCUGACCAAGAGGAAGAUCAAGGCUUUCUACACGGAUGUCUUAGCCGAGGACUUGAGAAGCGGGGUGCAAAUCCUUAUGCAGGCCUCUGGACUUGGAAGAAUAAAACCCAAUGUCCUCGUGAUUGGAUACAAGAAGAACUGGCAGACGGCCCAUCCCCAGACGGUCGACGACUACAUCGGGAUUCUCCACGACGCUUUCGACUUCAGGUAUGGGGUGUGCGUGAUGCGCAUGAAGGAGGGACUCAACAUUUCCUGGCUCAUGCAAGCACAUGUUAAUCCGGUUUUUGACCCAGGGGAUGAUCCCCAGAAGGACGGCAAGGCCCCAGCGGUCGUAGGAACAUUGGAUCCCGAGGCUUUGGUAGCAGAACAACAGGCUAGCACCAUCUUCCAGAUGGAACAGGGCAAGAAAACCAUAGACAUCUACUGGCUUUUUGAUGACGGAGGAUUGACGCUCCUCAUCCCGUAUCUCCUCGGUCGCAAGAAACGAUGGGGAAAGUGCAAAGUUCGUGUGUUUGUCGGUGGGCAGAUCAACAGAAUGGAUGAAGAGAGGAAAGCGAUCAUUUCCUUGUUAAGCAAGUUCCGGCUCGGCUUCCAUGAAGUUCACAUCCUUCCAGACAUCAAUCAGAAACCCCGACCUGAACGCGUGAAGAGAUUUGAUGACUUAAUAGCCCCUUUCAGACUGAACGAUGGCUUCAAAGACGAGGCGGUGGUGAAUGAGAUGAGACAGGGCUGCCCCUGGAAGAUUUCUGAUGAAGAAAUUGCGAAAAACAAAGCUAAGUCUCUCCGACAAGUGAGGAUGAAUGAGAUUAUGCUUGAUUACUCCCGGGACGCGGCCCUGAUCUUCAUAACCCUGCCGAUCGGCAGAAAGGGGAGAUGUCCCAGCAGCCUCUAUAUGGCCUGGUUGGAAACCCUCUCACAAGAUCUGAGACCUCCGGUCGUCCUGGCCAGAGGGAACCAGGAAAGCGUCUUGACUUUUUAUUGCCAAUGACUUUUGGAGAACGUCCCGGGGAUGCAGGAGAUACAGGCCGGCCCCUGCUUUUGGCCUGAGCCAUCCAUGCCGGCGAAAGCAGACAAUAAAAGACUGGUGAUAGAAAAUAUUCUGCAAAUGCUCGGGUUACCUUGUCCUCAUUGUCUACAUGGCACAGGAGAUUUGAGGAAGAAUUUUAAGCAUGGGGCUCUCUCAGCCCAGCCCUUGAGAUCGGGAGAAGUGAGGACUAUGUGAUUCACU